UCCAUGGCCUACCAAUUGCAAAUAUAAAACGGAUAGAUCAAGGUACGGUAGUUCAUCACAAACAUCUUGCAUAAUUUCGCAGCAGGAUGGGGUACAAUUUUUGCAACACCAAGAGGAAAAUUCUCAAUAAUAUCUUUUUGUUGUCCCUGGUCUUGACUUUUGCAAGUAUACUUUCUUCUGCAGAUGAAUCAGAUCGUUUUGCUCUGCUUGACUUGAAAGACAGAGUACUCAAUGAUCCAUUAAAAAUCACGAGUUCUUGGAACGAUUCCACGCAUUUCUGUGAUUGGAUUGGUGUUAUUUGCAAUUCCACCAAUAGAAGAGUAGUGGGUCUAGACUUGGAAGCUCGAAAUCUAACUGGUUCGUUGCCGUCUUCUUUGGGAAAUCUUACGUAUCUUGUUGAAGUUAGAUUGGGAGACAAUAACUUCCAUGGCAGAAUUCCCCAGGAGUUUGGUCUGCUACUACAAUUGCGUUAUCUCAAUUUGUCCCACAAUAAUUUUGGUGGUGAGAUUCCGACGAAUAUAAGUCAUUGCACACAACUUGUUGUUUUGGCGAUGAAUAGUAAUGGGCUUGUAGGCCAGAUUCCACACCAAUUGUUUACAUUAACCAAGUUGAGUCAACUUCGUUUCGAUCUUAACAAUUUGACUGGACUGAUUCCAUCUUGGACGGGGAACUUCUCCUCCCUACUUCAUUUGGAUUUUAAGCAGAACAAUUUUGAAGGAAAUAUUCCUAGUGAAUUAGGGCGUCUAUCAAGAUUGAAAUUCUUCUCAGUUGCUUUGAACUAUUUGACAGGUACGGUGCCGCUUUCAAUCUAUAAUAUAACUUCUCUGACUUACAUGACUGUUGCUGCGAACAAACUCCAGGGAACUCUGCCACCAAACAUUGGAAUUACUCUUCCAAAUAUCCAACGUUUUCUCGGUGGUCACAAUUAUUUUAGAGGGCCAAUUCCCAAGUCCUUUGUCAAUGCUUCCGAUCUUCGGAUGUUAGAUAUUGCUGAAAACAACUUGACUGGAACGAUACCUGAUGGUUUAGGGAGCCUAAAAAACUUGGAGAUACUCAAUUUUCCUUCCAACAAUCUUGGAAAUGGAAAGGUUGGUGACUUGGAUUUCAUCAAUUCCUUGGCUAAUUCAAAUGGUAGUCGUCUAUGGUAUCUAGGUCUAGGUAGGAAUCGUUUUGGAGGAGCAUUGCCUCCAUCUAUUGGGAACCUUUCAAAUCUCAUAACGUUAUACAUAGGUCAAAAUAUGUUAACUGGAAGCAUUCCUGAUGAGAUUGGAAACCUCAUUAACUUGCAAGUUCUUAUUAUGGAAUAUAACCAUCUGAAUGGUAGAAUCCCUCCCAAUAUUGGGAAGCUUCAGAAGUUAGCGAUGGUGUACUUGGGUCAGAACGACCUAACUGGGCCAAUUCCAUCAUCCCUCGGUAACUUAUCUUCAACCAUCAAGCUUUACUUAUUCCAUAACAGACUUGAGGGAAGUAUACCACCAAGUUUAGGACGAUGUAGGAGUCUUCAAGCUCUAGACCUAUCUGGUAACAACCUAACUGGCUCUAUACCCAAGGAAAUUUUUGGCAUCUCUUCCCUUACCAUUUAUUUAGACUUGAGUCGUAACUCACUUACUGGUCCAUUGCCAUCUGAAGUGGGCGAGUUAGUUAAUUUGGCUGAACUAGGUGUAUCAAUGAACAAACUAUCUGGUAAUAUUCCCAACAAUCUUGAUAAAUGUAUUAGCAUACAAAGCUUGUAUUUUCAAGGCAAUCAAUUUACGGGAAUUAUUCCUCCAUCUUUGGAAGCUUUGAAAGGUCUACAAAAUUUAGAUCUCUCAAGUAACAACUUGUCUGGGCCAAUUCCCCAGUUUCUUGGCAAGCUUCUCUCACUCAACUAUCUCAAUCUUUCAUAUAAUAACUUUGAGGGGAAAGUGCCUAGUGUAGGAGUAUUUUCUAAUUCAACCAUGAUUUCCAUCAUUGGGAAUAAGAAUUUAUGUGAUGGUUUACCAGAAUUACAUUUACCUCCAUGCAAAUAUGACGAAACACGUUUGCCGAAGAAGCGGUUUGCAGUAUCAAAGGUGUUAAUUAUCAUAGUACCAAGCGUCACACUCAUAGCUGUUUUGGUGAGCAUCUUUUUUGUGUGUUUUAUGCUUAAGAAGUCGAAGAAGAAUUCUUCAACUUCAUCUUCUGCAAAAGAGCUUCUACCACAAAUUUCUUACUUGGAACUCAGUAGAUCAACCAACAGAUUUUCUACAGAUAAUUUGAUUGGCUCAGGUAGUUUUGGCUAUGUGUAUAAAGGUGUUCUUCCAAAUGAUGGAUCUAUAGUUGCCAUUAAGGUUUUAAAUCUCCAACAACAAGGUGCUUCCAAGAGUUUUGUUGAUGAGUGCAAUGCCCUCUCAAACAUACGACAUCGAAAUCUGCUUAAGAUCAUUACUUCUUGCUCAAGUAUUGAUGUACAAGGCAAUGAAUUCAAAGCUCUGGUCUUCAAUUUCAUGUCUAAUGGGAAUCUUGAUGGUUGGCUUCAUCCUGAUCAAGGGAACAAUCGAAGGAGGUUGAGUUUCAUCCAGAGAUUGAAUAUUGCUAUUGAUAUUGCAAGUGGAUUGGACUAUCUCCACAAUCAUUGUGAAACUCCAAUCGUUCAUUGUGAUCUAAAGCCUAGCAAUAUAUUGCUCGACGACAAUAUGGUAGCUCAUGUAGGAGACUUUGGAAUCGCUAGAUUCAUGUUGGAAGGAUCAGAUGAUCAAAUACCUUUCAGUCAAACCAUGUCACUUGCACUAAAAGGUUCUAUAGGGUAUAUCCCUCCAGAGUAUGGCAUUGGCAAUAGAAUUUCUAUCGAAGGAGAUAUCUUCAGCUAUGGGAUAUUAUUAAUAGAGAUGAUCACUGGAAAAAGACCUACUAAUGACAUGUUUAGCAAUGGUAUGGAUAUUCAUUUGUUCACUACAAUGGCACUACGUCAAGAUGCUUGGGGGAUAAUUGACCCAUACAUACUAUUUGAAGAAAUACAUCGAGAAGAAGGUACUGGAGAGGAAAUACAAGAAAUAGCAAAAUUGAGCAAGGAACAUCGUAGAAAAAUCAUGCCAAGAUGGAUGGAAGAAUGUUUAAUCUCGAUAAUGAAAAUUGGAUUGUCAUGCUCGAUGAGGACACCUAGUGAGAGAACGUUGUCAAUGAAUGUUGUUGUUAACGAAUUGCUAGCAAUUAAAAGGUCCUGCGUCAAGCGGAGGUUUCAUAGGCAUUUCUUUCCCCAAGCUUAAGAAGCAAAUGAUUGUAUUUGGCCACAAGUGAUAAAGAGUUUUGUUAGAAAAUCCCCUUUCAAUGUUUCUCAAAUAUAGUAAUAAGACCCUUGCCUUGUUUUGUUCUUAGAUUAAUUAGAUUACUUUUCAGAAUCCCAGCCAUUCUGAUGUGUCUAGCAAAUUUUACCAAACGCAAAUCUAUGUUAAAAUGCACGGUUUAAAGUUUAAUGCUAUGAAUGUUUUGCUUGUA